UUGUGAUGGGACGGAAAAUGGCGGCUGUUCGGAGACCGUAUUAACUUUACACUGUAGCAGUAAUACCAGCAGCAGUAUUGUACACCCUUUUCUCGCAGGUCUUAAGAAAUAUCUGCAUGUGGAAAUUUUAAUACGAGUUCGGGUCAUGUUUGCUAUCGUUACAAGCACGACGCCUCCCAAAAAGGUAUCAUUAGCUGGACACGACUUGGAAUGAAGAAGGCAAGGAACAAAGCUCGAGUAUUCAGACUGUCUGGAAGCCAUGAUAAUGAUCAUUUUCUGUAAAUGUUCACUUUUAGUCACUGUAGGUCAGUAGUUAACCUCUUUAAAUGAGUCGAGGCCGUGCAUUAAGCUUCUAUAUUGCGCUGGAUCACUAAACGUGAAGUUAUUAAGUGUAGAGAAACGUCAGACUACGAGAGAUUAACGUUCACCCAGAGUUUUGCAAAGACAGAGUUCUGCAGAGAGCAUUUUGUCAUCUCCCUUAACGUUAGCUAAACAAGCGACCCAGGAGUUAGUCACUUUUCUGUUGUAAUUUACGCUCAGUGCGCUGAACACACGCCCUCUUGCUGCUUGUUUACUAUUCAGCGGAGCCAUGUGGCGCCCAGGUACAACUUAGUUCUAGUCUAAUGGGUUUACUCUGCAUUGUCGUUAAAUACCUGCUUUUGGUUGGACAAAACCCGGUUUCCCAGUCAUAAUGGAUGAUUCCAAGCCACGGUACAGCAAAAGGCUGCGGGCUGGAACCCGUCGGCGUUACCAUGAUGAUGGUAUUUCUGAUGAGGAGAUUGAUGGAAGGAGGAUGUUUGACCUGGAGGAGAAAGUCAACAGUCAGAGGUUCAACUCUGACCGGGUCCUUCACAUGGAGGGGAAAGACUUGACAUAUGAGUUCAUCCAGAGAGGUGGUCUGAGGGACCCGAUCAUCUUCGAGAAGCCGGAUGGAUUGGGAAUCAAGAUGCCCGAUCCUGACUUCAGUGUUAAUGACGUCAAGAUGUUUGUUGGUAGCAGACGUAUGAUAGAUGUGAUGGACGUGAGUACUCAGAAGGGGACAGAGAUGUCCAUGGCCCAGUGGACACGUUACUACGAGACCCCUCCAUCCCAGAGAGAGAAGCUCUAUAAUGUCAUUAGCCUGGAGUUCAGCCACACCAAGCUGGAGAACCUGGUCAAGAGACCUGCCACAGUGGAUCUGAUAGACUGGGUGGACAACAUGUGGCCUCGUCACCUGAAAGAGAGACAGAGAGACUCAACAAACUCUAUUAACGACAUGCAGUACCCCAAAGUACAGAAAUACUGUCUGAUGAGUGUCGAGGGCUGCUACACAGACUUUCACAUUGACUUCGGAGGGACCUCUGUGUGGUAUCACAUCCUGAGAGGGAGCAAGGUGUUCUGGCUGAUCCCUCCCACCCCUCAGAACCUGGAGCUGUAUGAGAACUGGGUGCUGUCAGGGAAACAGGGAGACGUUUUCCUGGGCGACAGAGCAUCUGACUGCCAGAGGAUUGAACUGAAGCAGGGCUGUACCUUCAUCAUACCCUCAGGUUGGAUUCAUGCUGUCUACACCCCUGUGGACUCUAUGGUGUUUGGAGGAAACUUCCUGCACAGUUUCAAUAUCCCCAUGCAACUUAACAUCUGUAACAUAGAGGACCGAACACGGGUUCCAGUUAAGUUUCGUUAUCCCUUCUACUACGAGAUGUGCUGGUACGUGUUGGAGCGUUACGUCUUCAGCCUGACCAAGAUCUCCUACCUCACUCCAGAGUUCCAGAAACACUCACUGGGCAUUGGUCUGAAGAAGCCGCCUGGCCCCGAUCCAGCUAGUGAGCAGGUGAAGGAGGAGGUGGGUGGCAGCAGCGAUGGAGAGGCUUCAGAACAACAGUCUGACAAGUCUGCAGCUAAAGUUCACCUGACUCCUCUCGAGCUGGAGGGGCUGUGGAACCUGCUGGGUAAACUGGAGACCCUGCCCUCCAAUAAGAAGUGUGUCCCAGCAGGGAUACACAAUGCCCCAGCACUCAUCACACACAUCAAGGCACUACUGAAAGAACACAGCAGCGAUAAUCCCAAACUGUCCUACACAGGAAAACCCAUCAUCAAGUGGCCAAAGAGACCCUCAUGGUACCAGCCACCACCUCCUCCACCACCUCCUCCUCGUCCUAAGCUGGCCUCUACACCCAUCAUCCCACGACCACAGAAACCAGCCUCCUCCAUGUCUGUGUUGAGACGGCGCAGGGUCAGGUGUAAGCGCUGUGAAGCCUGUAUGAGACCAGAGUGUGGAGACUGUAACUUCUGCAGAGACAUGAAGAAGUUUGGAGGACCGGGGAAGCUCAAGCAGACCUGUGUUCUGCGACAGUGUCUCUCUCCGGGCCUUCCCCUGUCUGCAGUGUGUGAGAUCUGCAAGGAGCCCAAUCAGGAGGAAAGUGGAGAUCCAUCCCUCACCCUGAUGGAGUGCUCCAACUGUGCACAGAUAGUCCAUCCUGCCUGCCUCACGGUCCAGGGUGAAGGAGUGGUGAAUAAAGACCUGCCCAGUUGUUGGGAGUGCCCAAAGUGUGUCCAAGGAAUCACUGACCCAGAGCAGUCUAAAGGCGACAAAGGUGAAGGCCAUCCAGUGAAGCGCAAAUCUUCCUCCCUCCUGGACGCUCGUAUGGCUAAGAUUUACAGACGGCAGAGACACAGCCAUGAUGGAGAUGACUCUGCCAGUGAUGACGAUGAUGAAGCUGCCCAGAGAAGAAAGAUGGCGCUCCACGCUCGGGGAGGGAGCCAGUCCACCAGAAGAGGGUUUGGUGCCAACAGGAGAGGCCUGUUAAGAGGAGGCUCAGCUCAGAGAGGAAGCAGAGGAGGGCUCAUGGCUCCCGGCUCCUCCUCCAUCCUCAAGCUAAAGCGAGGGAUGGGCAUGAGGGAGAGCGGCCGGAGGGGACGGGGGGUGAGGCUGCGGGGAGGCUCCAGGAUGCAGCGACGAGGGGACGAGACUGAGGAGUCUGACGACGACGAUGACGAUGAAGAGGAGGAGGAGGAGGAAGAGGACAGCGAAGACGGAGACAAAGAGCGACGGCACCGUCAGCGUCGGAGGAGGCGCAGGACAGACGACGAUGAAGAUGAAGAUGAGGACAGUGAGGGACAGGAGUUUGACCCUGAAGAGGAGGAGAUGGACACACUAGAGGAUGAAGAGGAGGAAGAGGAGGAGGAGGUAGAAGGAGACGGGCGCUGGGAUUCAGACCCAGAACCCCCAGUUCUCCUGGUGUCUGAUCUGAACGAUGACCUGCUGAGUGGCUCCUACCUGACUGUCACCCUUCAGCGCCCUCACAAGGCCAAGAGACAGUUUGGCUCCAUCGUUCCAAAGCUGGAAGCAGCCAUGGGUCCGAGGACGGCUGCAGCGGUUUCCAGUGGUCAGCAGGGCUUCAUCCAGAGAAAGUCGGCACUGUCCAAACCUGCACGACUCAAGAGCACCGACGCCACCGCUGACGGUGUAACGCCAAGAGGACCCGGCAGGCCGCGUCUGCGGGCUAUCCACGGUGACAGAGGCACUAGAGAUCGUUCUGUAUCUUCUUCAGAGGAACAGGAAGCUGCUGCUCCUCCUGCAUCCUCCUCCCUGUCUCCUCCAUCCCUGCUGUCUCUGCCCUCCUUUAAGGAUGUGGGUAAUGAGAAAGGAGGGGAGAAGGAGGUGUGGGUGUCAGUGUUCAGAUACCUGAGCAGAGCCGAGCUGCUGGCCUGCAUGACCGUCUGUAAGGCCUGGUACAAGUGGAGCUGUGACAAGCGUCUGUGGAGUCACGUGGACGUGAGUCGCUGCAGCCCGCUCAGUAACCAGGCCCUGGCGGGCAUCAUCAAACGCCAGCCCACCUCUCUGGACCUGUCCUGGACCCCGCUGGCCAAGAGACAGCUCAACUGUCUGCUCACCAGGCUCCCAGGUCUGAGGGAGCUGAGGGUGACUGGUCUGUCCUGGUCCUGUCUGUCAGCUCUGGUCUCUCCAACUCUACCCUACCUGCGGUUGCUGGACCUGCGCUGGUGUGAAGGCCUUAAAGACACCCAGAUUAAAGAGAUCAUCACCCCACCUGGUUCAGAGUCAUCUCGCAGCAGACUGAGGAACAUGGUGACACUGCGUCUGUCUGGUUUAGACAUAAGUGAGUCUACUCUGAGGCUGCUGCAGCGCCACAUGCCUCAGCUGGAGAGGCUGGACCUGGCUCACUGCAGAGACAUAAUGGACUCAUCCAUUGCUCUGCUGGCAGCUGCCGGGACUCACACCCGCAACAACCUCACCGAGCUCACGCUGGCAGGCUGUAGUGAACUGACCGAUGGCUGUCUAUCCUACCUGAAACGGCUCUCGUCUCUGACUCUGCUGGACCUCAGAGGCUGUAAGGGCGUCAGCAGACGGGCCUGUGAUGCCUUCAUCUCUGAUCUGUCUCAUGUUGCCCUCUACUGUAUGAUGGAGGAGAAGCUCAUCCAGCGCCUGGACUAAAACAAACACAGAUGCUUUGUCGGAUUUAUUUUUUAUACUCUCAACUGUUUGUGUGUCUGCACAUAAACCUGCAGUUAGCUGACAGAAACAUUAAAUCUCACCAGACUGACUAGUUCUGCCAGUCCUUUGGCAGCCAAACGAAAUGGCUUCUACAAUCAGUGUCCUCUGAUACAACCUGUAAAUAAAGACGUCUUUGGAGUUGUUGGAAGAUGUAUUUUUUUUCCCCGUUGAUGGGGGCAGGUUAGCAUUUUCCCAUCACCUCUAGUCUUUGUGCUAAGCUAGGCUUAACACUUGAACUUGGAUCGAUCUUCUUAUCUGGCAAAACUACAAAGAGCAUUAUUUCAAAAUGUCAGAUUAUUCCAUCAUAAACUUCUGUGAUCUCGUAUCAUUGCGAGAAUGUACACAUGAUGUUAAUCACCCAGAUGUGUGGUUAAAUGUGAAACCACCUUUACUGUGCACAGGAUGGAAUAGGAGGGAAAUAUGGGAAAAAUGAACCUGUUUACUAAACUUCACCAAAGGGCAUUGUAUUGUGUGAGUGAACUGUGAAUUCAUUGUAUAUAUGUCUAUUUUUUAUGUUACAGCCAUGUUAAAAAUUAAGGAAUCAGGUAUUUGACGUCAUACUUGUUAAUUGUGUCAAACAUCGUGUAGAAACGUAAUAAAAUAAACUGUUGGA